AAACUUACUGAAAACCGAGUACAUGCAUUCAAUCAUGAAAUCGUUCCGGACUACUUGCGAACAAAGCCUGAUCCAGAAGUUGAAGCACGCGAGCAGCAGCAUUUAGUCAAGAGCAUCAACAUGCAAAUGGACAUGGCUCAAAAACAAAUUACAGCUAUUAAUAAAAUUGUUAAUAAUGUAUUGGAAACAAUUAAAGCCAACAGAGAUGCUUGGGAAAAUGAUUCAGGUCAAAGAGCUAGUGCACAACAGACCUCUUCUUUAGCGGAUACUGGAGCUCUGAUUUGUGCCAUCACUGUUGGUAAGGGAUUGAAACCACCCACUGGUUCUCCAAAAGGACAGCCUACAAAUCCACAACCUCAGCCCCAGCAACCCACUCGACCCGCUUCAGGAGGAAAAGUACCCAGUGUUAUUAAAACUAAUAUUAAAUCAGCAGGAAGUAUGCACCCAUAUGCCAGAUGAUUUACUGUUCAUUACUUGUAUGAUGUUUUGCUUAUUUAAUGUCAUUUGUAAGUACUGAUGGAAAAAUAAAUAUUUUAAAUUAAUA